AUGAACUUUGUUUAUUGGAAGAUUGUAAACAGUUUUCAGUUAGAGAUCAAUAAAUAUAUUUUAAGACUUGGAAUAUUUUUAUAAGAUUUUUCAUUUGAAUAUAGUGUUGAGGAUCUACUUAUUCAUUAUCAAGCACCAAUUAAGCAUUUUUUGGAUAGAAUUAUUUAUUCGGUGAUACAAGUAUUUUUGAAUAUCCAAUAUAUGUAAUCAAAAGAUGGCUAAAAUAAUAACCACUGGAUAAAUCACCCCUUGAUACUUUGAUCUUUAGAGAGACAAUAAACCAAGAUAACUAAGAUCACGUAAAGAUAGGAGAUAAAAAUAUAUAUUUGUAAUAUCAUUAGAAUACCAUUCCAGAAUUAAAUGGAUUCACAAUAACUAUGUAUUCAUACAAUUUUCUGAUUUCAAAAAUAUACACAAGUACUUCUAUCUAUGACAUAAGUGAUUUUGGAGUUUAAUAUUUAAAAUUGCUUUCUAAAUGGCGUUAUAUUUAAUACGAAAAAGGUACAAAUGAGAACCAAGGGCAACCAAUUUUUAAGAUAUUUUUCCCAUCUUUAAUUGAUAAGCAGAGAAUUUUUUAUUGGAAAAAUUAGAUCAAACAUUUCAUAGGAACAACUAUGUAUUAUUUUAUGUAGGGGUGA